AUGCUAAUGGUCGCUUUUCUACUGUGGGUCAUCUUGGCUCGAGGUAUAGAAGCUCCUUGCAGCCCAAAUAAAGCAGAUGUAAUUUUGGUAUACUGUUAUCCUAAAACCAUCAUCACAAAAAUCCCUGAGUGUCCUUAUGGAUGGGAAGUUAAUCAACUAGCUCUUGGAGGGAUUUGCUACAAUGGAAUCCAUGAUUCAGGAUAUUACCAGUUUACAAUCCCAGACUUGUCACCCAAAAAUAAAUCAUAUUGUGGAACACAAUCAGAUUUUAAAAGCCCUGUCUACAAUUUUUAUAACUCAAUCGUCUCUAAUGACAGCUCUGUGAUUGUGAAAAGCCAGCCUGUGAACUAUUCAUUUACAUGCACCUACCAUGCAAACUAUCUGGUGAACCAUGCUGCCUUUGACCAAAGAGUGGCAACAGUUCAUGUGAAGAAUGGCAGCUCCGGAUCAUUUGAAAGCCAGUUGUCCCUCAACUUUUAUUCUAAUGCCAAGUUUUUGAACCAGAAGGAAGCCCCCUUCAUAGUAGAAACUUCAGAAAUUGGUUCAGAUGUCUUUGCCGGAGUAGAAGCAAAAGGCUUAAGUAACAGAUUUAAAGUCGUCUUGACUAAUUGUUGGGCAACCCCCUCAGCAGAAUAUUUCUAUCCAGUCCAGUGGCCACUGAUAACUAAAGGUUGUGCAGCAGAUAACUCCAUCUUAAUACAUGAAAAUGGGAAAGACAGCCGAGCUACGUUCCAAUUUAAUGCUUUUCGCUUCCGGAAUAUUCCCAAGCUUUCCAAGGUGUGGCUGCAUUGUGAAACGCAUGUGUGUGAUAGUGAGAAGAUCUCCUGCCCUGUGGCAUGUGCAAAGCGGAGACAACGAAUGGAACAAACAGGUGGUGUUUUAAUGGCAGAACUUACUAUAAGCAUCCUUUGUCGCAGGCAGAUUUGA